AUGCUUCCCCACUCGAUUCUCGCGGUCGUUGCCGCAUCUUCUCCUUUCCUCAGCCUUGUCGGCGCGAGUGAUACUACGUACCUCUUUACUACCGGCUAUGCUCAUUCUACUACCGCCACCACCGAGCCCGCCACGACCACGGUUACUUCAGAGUCUGUUGUUGUCGAGAGCACCACCACCACGACGACCUCUAUCGUAUCCGUGCCCGUCGCCACUGUCACGAUGCCGACCUCUGCAGGCUUCAUCCCUGCGGUCGACUCGUUUCCCGGGGCUGCCUAUGUAGAAGGCUCCGAUCCCAACUUUGGCAAACGCGACUCGAGGACGAGAAGCAACAAGCUGCGUGCGGCGAAGCGUGACCCUCGUAGAACCAGAAAGAGUUCGUCGAGUACUGAUGAAGUGCAAACCACCACGCAGGCACCGAGCACCGCACAGCCGUCCAGCACCACCCAGGCGCCCAGCACCACACAAGCGCCCAGCAGCACAGGGCAAGUCACUGUCACCUCGACCUUCACUCACACCUACACGAACACGACAUUUAUCACGGCGACUUCGACCUCUUCAUACACGUCCACUUCCUACGAAGCCUGCGCCACUCCAAACAUCGUGGGGGUCUACGAUGGCAAUCUGUUUGACAAUUAUCAUGUCACAAUCACCGGACAGCAAAUCACUACCUUUGCCGAAGACCCCGAGUCUUGCUGCGCAGCAGCGUACUCACACCCAAGCGCUGCCAACUUGGGAGCUUGGAUCUGGUUCCACCAAAGCUCGUACGAAGAUGCCUGUUGGUUCUACACUGCCGGGGAAGGCGCGUCGUCUCAGACCGACUCCGAAUCAAUUGACCUUCAUCUGGAGUAUACCAACGGCACUUCCUUCUCGGGGCUCGCGAUCUGGGCGGGUAAUGGUCCAUUAGGACAGGUUACAUCGUAG